UGAAUAACUAUUUUUGCUAAAUGAAAUGUGUUUUAAUUGAUUGGAUAGUUUCUUUUGUUGUGUUGAUUUAACGAAAAGAAUGAAUAUCAUUAGAACUAACUAAUUUUUUCAUUUCGAAAUUUUUCUUCACAAAUUCAACUUCAAUGCACUAACCUUGUUGCGGUAAACGAACUCAGAAGACACCGAUUCAAUGUUGACCUUCAGUGAUUAGAAAUAUUCACAGGAGGUUUUCCGAUCUUAACUAAUAUACAAAGAUGUCCAGUACUUCUACACCGAGUACCUUCCUGAAGAAUAUCCUUCAAAAUGGCAUUGGUCGACACAUAUGUCAACUCCAAAGAAUUACGCUGUGUUUUUGUAAGUCUCACACUGGCAGCAAUGGCAUGAGGGAAUAUAUUGAACAUCACCUUUUGGAUUUCACUCGUGAAAACCCUGGUAUUGUGGUUUACUUAAAGCCAAGAAGACACAGAACUGCUAGACUCCAAGCAGAAUAUUUAAAUGGAUACUUUGAAUCAUUCAACACCCAUAACAAAGACAAAGAUGAAAUCAGUAAAUGGAUGGAAUUAAUGAGGACAAGAUCUGGUGUUCAGAUAAAACGUAUUCGUAAACCAUGGCACACAGAAAAUCCCAGCAUUCAAGGUGUAUGGCAUUCAUUCGCCAAUAAAAGCCCUUCUCUUAAUGUUACUGAAUUUCCAGAUAAAGAACUUGGAAAGUGUUUCAAAUCAAAAAUGUCUGCAACAGAUUAUUUAUUGUCUCUGAAGGAGGAAAUUUCAAAGGAGAAAACUUCACAAUAGAACUUUAUUCAUUUAAUAAAAUCCAAUCAUUAUUUUGUAAG